CCCUCUCGUCGCCACUCCGCUCUGUUCUACUUGGCUUUGUGCUCAGCCUCCGGAGUCUCUGAGUCUCACGGUCUUCAACUCGAGGUCUCAUCUGGCCCCACGGUCUAGCCUCGCAUCAAGGUCAGUUUGCCUCCUCUCGGGUCUCACUGCCUCUCGGUCUCACCGCCUCUCGGUCUAGCCUCGGAGCGAGGUCAGUUUGCCUCGUCUCGGUCUAGGUCGUCUCAUCUUGGUCUCACCUUGUCUCGGUCUCCUCACUUCGCAUCUCGGCCUCGCGUCUGGGUCUCACCUUGUCUUGGUCUCCUCCAUCUCGGUCUCGCCUCGUCUCGGUCUCGCCUGCCUGUGUGGUUUCGCUUCCUCCUUUAUCUCUUCUCCACAGAUUGGUGCUCUGCCCCAUCAGCCAUGGAAAGUGACCUAGUGGAUCCAGAGGGCAGCCUGGAUGCUGCCACAGUGGAAGGAGCAACGGCCUUGUCACCCCCACUCCAGGCCCCGCCUGCCGUAACUUCCACAGCGCGCUCAGUUGCCAGGCAGAGCCCGUCUGCCCAGAGCAAGACAAGGACUCAAGACCGGUCAGGAUCCAGGCUUCCUAACCGGGAGAGGGAAGGGGCCAGUCGGGAGGAGCGCCUCGUUCCUCUCUCGGAGCUGACUCCGUACAUCUCCUGUUCUGUUUGCAAAGGUUAUUUAAUAGAUGCAACAACCGUUACAGAAUGUCUUCAUGCCUUCUGUAAAAGUUGCAUCAUAAAACAUUUUGAACUUAGCAACAGAUGUCCAAAAUGCAAUAUUGUAGUGCACGAGGCCAAACCUCAUAAUCACCUGAGGUCGGAUCCACAAUUACAAGCCAUAGUGUACAAAUUAGUGGCAGGUCUAGAGGAAAAAGAAAAAAAGCAAAGGCAAGAAUUCUAUAAAGGAAAUUAUUUGGAAACACCAAAACCUGAUGCUGUUCCACAGCCAAGCCCUUCGAGCGAAGGGAACACUGAGGAUCUUGAGGAAUUGUGCCUUAGUUCACAUGAACCUAGUAUUUCUUUAGUGCUAGAGUCUAUGGGCACUGAGCAUUUUAAACCACUGCAAAUGAAGUUUGUGCAAAUCUCAGGAAAUACAACCAUUGGACAGAUAGAAAAAUUUCUCAAAAGAAAAAUGGGCCUUGCUGAAGCUUAUCGGGUAGCUAUCACAUGCGGUGGUCAGUUGCUGAAGGACUUUCAAACUCUACAAGAAGUCCAGUGUACAGUAGGGGAUGCUGGGAUGCAGGGUGGUCUGUUAGUCCUUUAUUACAGUAUUGUGCUUUCUCCUCUGAAUGUGACUUGCUAGGGGUAGUAUGAAAGUAAGAAGGCCUCUGCAGAACUGCAUCUUACUGAAGAGUUCUAGAAAAUAUGGAAUCAUUAGACUUUGUACUGUUUCUGAUACACCUGUAUCCAGCAUCCUAGCAUUUAUAGGUACAGCUUGGGACAGUGGGAUACAAGACAUUGACUUUUUAAAUUCCUUGGGAUUCCAAGAACUGUGAAGUUGAAUGUUGCAUCUCAUCUUUGAGAUAAGUUGUUGACAGUUUUCUUUUUGGUUGAGCCUGUUCUCGUUCAAUUUGGUUGAGAUUCUGCUGUCUGCAAUGGCUUCCAGUAGUAGAUGUUUUAGAAAAUACAUACUAGAGGUUCAAGGCCAGUCAUCCAUAAAUUGCAGCGUAAACUCACAAAGACUACAACUUUUUUGCUACUUUUGUAUGUUGUCAUCAUAUUUUGAAGUUAACCUGUUUUUGUAACUGACAUCAAUCCUGAAGAGACGUUAUUCAAUUCUAAAAGUUGACCGCUCCCUUUCAUGCUGUGCUACCUGACCAUAGUCCCAAAUCAACAGGAACAAGCAACUAGUGGAUUGGAACUAUGCAAACUGUUUUCAGUAUGAUGCAUCCAGAUUUGUACAACACCCUGGUGUCUACCUCCCUAUGGGACAGCUCACAAGCACUUUGCUCAGGAGAAGACACCCGUAGCUGGCAUCCACUGUACAGACAGGCUACACGAAGGACCUCUUAGUUACAGCAUGACCCCACCGAGCGUUGGCAGCGAUGCCAGCCUAGUUGAUUUUGCUAUUUGGAUUUUUGUCUGUUUUAGUUGUUUUGUCUUUUUCCCUGCCCACUGCUUGAGCAAGUGUGUAUUAUACAGGCCAGUGCCCUUGGCCUGCGGUUGCUGUCUUUUCUCUUAAGUUUGAAGUAAUACAAACUGAUUCUGUUACUUCGUG